AAUCGUGCCAAAACGUAACGUCUCGAUUUGGCUCUCGUUCAGAAGAGUCGUCAAUCGAUCUUUGUCAUUAGAUGAGGAUCAUUUUUCAGUCAAGAGGUGAAUUAGCUCUGAAAUAUACAUCAACGUGCCCUCAACGAUUCACUCAGUGUUGGCCUUCCAUCCAAACUCUUCAAGCAACAAAACGACAGCUGCAACAGUAAAAGCGAGCAACGAGCAACCAUGAAGCUGCUGUUUUCCCUUAUUUGCAUCUUUGCCUUCGCCAUUGGCCAAUGUCAAUCCGAUUUUGAGUUUGGAAGAGCCACUCUAGAUGUGGAGGAGGAUGAACUCGAUGUGGAAAAGGCCUUGAGGGAACUUAUGGUUCAUUCCAAUAUGUUCAUGUCCAUGUCCCUGAGCUUCUCGUUUGAUUAUGAUGGUACAGACGACAGCAUCACUGGCUCGAAUGACGAAGGCCCAGGCGGAUCGAAUGGUGACAAACCAAGUGGAUCUGGGACUCCUUCAGCUCCAAGCGUGGCUUCGCCAACUACGCCUUCGUCCCCCACUCCAUCUUCUUCUGCCAGUCCAGCUUCGAGCCCUGCGUCGGUCCCCACUCUUUCAAGCCCGGUGCCAAGCGUCACAUUGAACCCAGCGUCGAGUCCAACGGUGCUUUCCGUGCCGACUGCAUCGCCCAAUACGAAUGCCUCUGCAACACCGACCAGUGGUGUUGUCUUGCCCUCAUGUUUCGACUUUCAAGCCACGACGCUUACAUCUGAUCUCAAUAUUGAGACGACCAAAGACAGCAUUGCCUUCACUGUUCUUGAAAAUGCCCUUGAUAGCGCCCUGCGAGAAGUUCUUCCUUUCUGCGAAGAGCUGGGCAAUAAUGGCCGACGACGACGUUUGGAGGACUUGAUGGGAUCUGGCAGUGACUAUUACAUUGGGAAUGUGGACCUCGACGAAGCAUCUGAUCAAGCCACUUGCACCCCUGAGCAUGCCGGCAGAAACUGCUUUGUUGGACGACUCACUCUUCGGCUGUUUGGAACCAUUACGGACGAGAUUAUUGCUCAUGUUUUGGAAGUGGUUAAGGGACUCCUCGAAACCGAUGUUGGAGAGGCUCUUGGGGCGGAGAACGGCUUCAUCGACAAUGUGAACACGGACAAUACUGAGACGGAUGCCAAUGGAGGAGACACGUCACAAGGCACGAGAGACGGACGUUCUCAGAAGAUUUCGAAUGCCGGAAGGAAGGUUCUUAUCUCUAUGCUCUGUCUGGUGGUGGCAGCAUUUGCUGGCUUCAUGGUGUUCCGUCGUUUCCGGCCAAGGAAUGCUCGACUUCCCGAUGACGAAGACGAAGACGAAAGCGACGGAUCUCAUCAGCGCACCACCGCCAUCACUGUUGAUCACCACGACAGGAUGUAUGCAGCGUAAUGGGUCAGUGCUCGAGGAUACUUUGGAGCACAAUUAAUUUCAGUUCGUACUGUACGGUACCGGUACACCAUAAUAACGAGGGCUAUAGAACCAGUUAUAAAUGAUUAAAGCCUGCUAAAGCUAGCUA